CAAACAACCGCGGCUAUGCGCAUGCUCCGUCUCUUCGCUUGGGCUCCUCGUGUGACUCGGAGCUUCAUGCCGGGCCCCAAGCGCGCGCGCCCGAGCCGCAUCGGCACCCACGGGGGCACCUUUCAUUGCGACGAGGCUCUCGCGUGCUUCCUCUUGAAGCUGCUUCCCUCUUACCAGGAUGCAGAGAUUAUCCGGACUCGGGAUCCCCAGCUGCUGUCCUCAUGUGAUGUGGUGGUGGACGUUGGGGGUGAAUAUGAUCCGCAGAAGCAUCGCUAUGACCAUCACCAGAGGUCAUUUAACGAGUCAAUGCACAGCCUAAAACCUGAUAAACCGUGGCAGACCAAGCUGAGCAGUGCAGGGCUGGUAUAUGUACACUUUGGCUCCCAGAUUUUAGCCAACAAGUUGGGCCUAAAGGAGGAAGAUCCUGUUGUGCACCUGCUUUAUGACAAGUUGUAUGAGAACUUUGUAGAGGAGAUAGAUGCAAUCGACAAUGGCAUCUCCCAGUGGGAUGAAGAGCCACGCUACACCAUGAGCACCAAUGUGAGCUCCAGGGUGGGGUACCUGAAUCCUCGCUGGAACGACAAGGACCAAGACACUGAGGCUGGGUUCCAGAAGGCCAUGACGCUGGUGGGCCACGAAUUCUUAGACCGUCUUGACUACUAUUACCGCAGUUGGCACCCUGCACGCAGCCUUGUGGAGGAUGCCAUCCGACAGCGUUUUGAGGUGGAUCCUAGUGGUGAAAUUCUGGUCCUGGCACAAGGAGGCUGUCCAUGGAAAGAGCAUCUUCUACAGCUGGAACAAAUGAUGGAUGUGAAGAAGCCACUGAAAUUCGUCCUAUACACAGAUUUGAGUGGCCAGUGGCGGGUACAAUGUGUUCCUGUAGGGCUCAGAACCUUUCAGAACCGAUUGCCAUUGCUGGAGGAAUGGAGGGGUUUGCGUGAAGAAGAUCUCUCCCAGCUCAGCGGGAUCCCAGAUUGUAUCUUUGUACAUUCCAGUGGCUUCAUUGGAGGAAACAGGACUAAGGAAGGUGCGCUGGAAAUGGCUCGAAAGACAUUGGCUCAACAAGCUGAACCCAACUGAGGGAAUCCAAUGCCAUCUGUCAAACCGUCCCAUUUGGUAUAGACACGAAAUUUGUUUUCCUGGGAAGUGACUUAUUUUGUAGGGUUGCUGUAACCUUUUAAAAGGAAAUCGAACCAACCAGUCAAAACCAUUCAUUUUUGGAAAUUCGGUUUAGCAAUUGUUGGGGGAGAAAAUGUUGCAUUAGAAGGAAAUCUUCCAAGUGCUCCAUUGAUGUUGUGGUCAAAAUAAGGGUGAAUCUGCUGUUUUGGGAUUUCCUUGCUUCGGGGAGAUUUUGUUGGAUCUGAGUGGGUAGAGAAGUCUUUGAGUUUGAAAGAAAAUGCACCCAAAGAAACAUCUGACAUGAUUGAGGGUGAAGAGAGGUCGGGCAUGUGGCUUAUUCAGAUUACAUUGAGAAAGCUAUAUGAAGAAUGUGGAUCAUGUGGGCUUCAUGUAUGUUUUAUGAAUAAAAUAAGGUUUUGUCCCCAAACAGUU